AUGGAGACAAAACAACAGUCCGGUACUAAUGUUGCAGCUUCUGCUGCUAUCUGCAAUGACUUCCAGGAUGGGAGCAAUAGGCUUUCGGACCCAUGCACUAAAGAUGGGUCGAUUGAUUGGCGUGGAAAAUUUGCAAUCAAGAGAAAAACUGGUGGAUGGAAAUCUGGAAUGCUUUUGCUAGUGAAUGAAGGACUGGCCAUAAUUGCAUUUACUGGAGUGGAAGUGAACAUGGUUUUGUUCUCAAAGACUGUACUGAGGCAAUCAAAUGCUGAGGCAGCCAAUAUGUUCAGCAGGUGGAUGGGAACUCUUUACAUAUUCUCUUUGUUGGGGGCUUUUCUCAGUGAUUCCUACUUGGGAAGAUACCUCACUUGUAUCAUAUUCCAGGCUGUUUUGGGUCUGGCAACAUUGUCUUUGUCAACUCAUGCAUUUAUGCUGGAACCCAAAGGUUGUGGCAGGAUAGGAGAACUAUGCAACCCUCACACACCAGCUGAAACAUCAAUUUUCUACUUAUCAAUUUACUUACUAGCUUUAGGAAGUGGAGCUGUAGAGCCUGUACUAGCAACAUUUGGUGCAGACCAAUUCGAUGAAGAUGACCCUGAAGAAAAAAAAUCGAAAACUGCAUUUUUUGGCUACUUCUACGUUGCCCUAAACCUUGGAUCCUUGAUCGCGGAGACAUUUCUGGUGUAUUUGGAGAAUAUGGGGAAGUGGGUGGUGGCAUUUUGGAUAUCUACUUCUUGUGGCUUUGUUGCAUUGAUUUUACUACUAAGUGGGACUUGUAGAUAUAGGCAUUUCAAACCUAGUGGAAAUCCCAUCUCUAGGUUCUCUCAAGUAAUAGUGGCUUCCAUGAGAAAACUGGAGCUUGAAGUUCCCUCACUUGGAGAAGGGCUACAUGAAAUUCAUGGAAGGGAUGAGAAAGAUGGUACAAGAAGAAUACUCCAUACCAAUGAUUUCAAGUUUCUUGACAGAGCGGCCAUUAUCACCCCAAAGGACAUGACCUUGACAUCAACCAAAGGCCAAGCUCCAAAUCCAUGGCGUCUGUGCACUGUCACACAAGUUGAAGAGCUUAUUGUUCCUUUGUAUGUUAGAGUUACAAGAAGAAAGCCAAAGCCUCCUAGUGAGCUACAGAGAAUGGGAAUAGGGUUGGCGAUUGGAAUAGUAGCCAUGAUCAUCGCAGCCUUAGUCGAGCAACACAGGUUUCUUGACAGAGCGGCCAUUAUCACCCCAAAGGACAUGACCUUGACAUCAACCAAAGGCCAAGCUCCAAAUCCAUGGCGUCUGUGCACUGUCACACAAGUUGAAGAGGUAAAAUGUGUACUGAGACUACUACCAAUAUGGUCCUGCACCAUGUUAUCGUCCUUGGUGUUCAUUCAAAUGAUUUCUCUCUUCAUCGAGCAAGGUGCCGCCAUGAACACACUGGUCUCGACCUUUCAUAUCCCUCCGGCUAGCAUGACUGCAUUUGACAUUAUAAGUACUUCAACUUUCAUCAUCUGCUAUGACAAGCUUAUUGUUCCUUUGUAUGUUAGAGUUACAAGAAGAAAGCCAAAGCCUCCUAGUGAGCUACAGAGAAUGGGAAUAGGGUUGGCGAUUGGAAUAGUAGCCAUGAUCAUCGCAGCCUUAGUCGAGCAACACAGGUUAAGAUUAGCUAAUGAAGUGGCAAAAGAAACAAGUUCUUUGAGCAUUCUCUGGCAGACUCCACAGUAUGUGCUUGUUGGAGUGGCAGAAGCAUUCAUGUAUGUUGCUCAAUGGGAGUUUUUUGCAGCACAAAUACCUGAUGGAUUGAAGAGCUUGGGGCUUGGUUUGUCAAUGUCUUCUGCAGCAAUGGGUAGUUAUUUGUGCAGCAUGAUCUUGACUGUGGUGAUGAAGAUAACAUCAAAUAAUGGAAAGCCAGGUUGGAUAACUCCAAACCUAAACGAUGGGCAUAUGGAUCGAUUUUUCUUCCUUUCUGCUGCUCUGACUGCACUCAACCUCGGGUUCUUUAUUUUUUGUGCUAAGCGCUAUAAUUGUAUAGUGGUAGAGAAACGAGAUGGAGGAACUAGGAUGGAGGAGGCUUGA